CACCGAGCGGCUAGGGUUUCCUCCCCCCGCCGCCCGCCGCCGGCCGGAGCCCGCCCCUCCCGUCCCCGCAUCUCUCUGCCCCUCCCACCGCCCUUCCCCGCCAGAUCCUCCACCUCGCCGCCAGCAAACCUCGUCCGUCCACCUCGCUGUCGGCUGAGAUAAGCACCCCCCUCCAGUCGGCAGAAGCUCUCCACUCGCGCGCCUCCAUCCUCCCUUCCCCGACGGCAGCGCCAACCGCCUCCGCCUUCGCCGCCCAGCAGCAGCCUCCGCCCCCGACGGCAAGGAAGAAGCAAAGGCAACAGAACAGAGUCUUGCUGCAAUAUGGACCACCGACAAGGCAGGGAUGACCAUGAAGGGGUGCAAGUUGUUGGAUUCGAAGUCCCAUCAUCACCAGACUCAAGCUACAGCAACCCUAUCCCUGGAAACGAAGAUGAAGCUCGAGAGCCCCCAUUGGUUCCUCCUCACCUGCAGCACACACUGCUGAGCUUCCCGCCGAGCCAUGAUGACGGGAGCAGCCUCCCUCUGCCGCAGCCCGUGGUGCUUAACCACCUCUACAUAGAGAAGGAGAACUCGAGAUCCGUGGUUGCCCUGGGUAUCACCCAUCGUUUCAAGGCCAAGUAUGUGACCGUCGUGCUCUACAAGCCGGUACAGAGGCGGUAGCGUGGCGGCGAACAUCUAUGAGGGUUUCUUCCCAUUGGGGUUGUGGCGACCUACCAAACCGGAUGGAAUGUGUCUGUUGUAGUCCUGGAGAAAUAGAGAUGCCCUUCAUUUUCGAUGAUUUGGUCAUGUACUUAAUUGACUGUGACUGCUGGUCGUGAUGAUGAAGAUGGUCGUCUAGUCUGA